CAAGAAGUGGAGGAGAAGGGAGAGGAAGAAGAGGAGGAGGAAGAGGAGGAGGAAGAAGAGGAAGAGGGGGAGGAGGAGGAGGACGAGUUCGAUCACGAGGCGGAGCGCGAGGAGCAGAAGCGUUUCCUGUACCAUGAGUACUGGAGCGAGAUGUACCCAAAGCAGAAGACGUAUAGAGCGGAUGCGUUCUGGAGUGAGGGUGAUUGCAAGGUGCUCGCAGUCAUCGAGGCUAAGGAUGAGGCGCUCAGGUACAAGCGCAUGCAGGCAGAGUUCUUCAACGCCACGGGCAGGAUGAUAUCAUGUGAGAUUAUCAAGUACAAGAUGUCAUAGAGCAAGUGAAAGGAAUGGGGC